CCCACGCACCAGUUGUUGGUGUGUGCGCUUUUUAACCCUGCUGUUAACUGAGUGGCUGAGCUUGUAGGUGAGGUCACAGACAUCUGUACUUAAAAAGUCAGCACAUACUAACCUCAAACAGAGGUUUGGAAACUUGUUUACUCACAGCACCAAAAGACGGAGGGCAAAGUUGAGUAGGCUGUGACCUUCCCUUUCUUUUCUCUCCAUGCACCGACAAAUACCGUGGGCGGCCGUGGCCUGGCGGAAAGGUGCAAUGCACAGAGACUGUGCUGCUUCUGGAGAGCCCAUGGGUGCUGGCCCAUCAUCUCUCUGUGCGAGCAGCUGUCGAAUUACUCUGGUGGAGUUGCUUUUAUGCUCUCUGAUGAUCCUGCUGGUUUCUGGACUGGAACCGGCACUGGGUCAGAAGGUCUUCACCAACACAUGGGCAGUCCACAUACCUGGAGGUCGGGAAGAAGCAGAAAAAAUAGCUAAUAAACAUGGCUUCAUCAACUAUGGACAUGUUUUCGGUGACUUUUAUCACUUCAAGCAUCGUACGGUGGCGAAGCGAUCACUGUCUGAUCAUAGGAACACACAUGUCCGUCUACUUAGAGAUCCCAAGGUGACAUGGGCGGAGCAACAGGUGGUCAAACGUAGGAAAAAAAGGGACAUCUUUGAGCAACUUCAUGAUCCACUUUUGAAGGAGCAGUGGUACUUGUACAAUGACAACCACCGUGACUUGAAUGCCAGAGCCGCAUGGAAUUUGGGCUACACAGGUAAAGGAGUCGUGGUGUCCAUCCUUGAUGAUGGAAUAGAGAAGACCCAUCCUGACCUGAGUCAGAACUAUGACCCAGAUGCCAGCUAUGAUGUUAACGAUGGGGACCCAGACCCUCAACCAAGAUAUACACAGCUGAAUGACAACAGGCAUGGAACACGCUGUGCUGGUGAAGUGGCAGCGGUAGCCAAUAAUGGAGUCUGUGGAGUCGGUGUGGCUUACAAUGCCAGGAUUGGAGGUGUGCGCAUGCUGGAUGGUGAGGUGACAGACAUGGUAGAGGCCCAGUCUCUCAGCCUCAACCCCCAACACAUUGACAUCUACAGUGCUAGCUGGGGUCCAGAGGACGAUGGCAAAACUGUGGAUGGACCUGCCAAACUGGCCAAAGAGGCCUUUCUGCGUGGAGUUACUGAGGGUCGUGGAGGUCUGGGAUCCAUCUUUGUGUGGGCAUCUGGCAACGGAGGCAGGGAUAAGGACAGUUGUAACUGUGACGGCUACACCAACAGCAUCUACACCCUAUCCAUCAGCAGCUCCACCCAAAAUGGCAAUGUCCCUUGGUACAGCGAGGCAUGCUCCUCAACCCUCGCAACCACCUACAGUUCGGGUGGGCUCACCGAGAAACAGAUCAUCACAACAGACUUGAAGGCCAAAUGCACAGACUCCCACACAGGAACCUCUGCCUCAGCCCCACUGGCUGCUGGGAUCAUUGCUCUAGCGCUUGAGGCAAAUAAAAAUUUGACCUGGAGGGACAUGCAGCACCUGGUUGUGCAAACUUCUCACCCUGGCCACCUGAUCACCAAUGACUGGAAUAUCAACGGGGUCGGACGCAAAGUCAGCCAUUCAUAUGGAUAUGGCCUACUUGAUGCAAGUGAAAUCGUAGCCUUGGCAAAGACAUGGACGAACGUGGGGCCACAACGCAAAUGUGUGAUCACCAUGGUCAACGAGCCAAAAAACAUCGGGGGACACUUGUCAGUUAACAAGAGCGUGGAUGCCUGCUUUAAUAGCCUCAAUCACGUGACCUUGCUGGAACACGUCCAAGCUCGGCUCACCCUGUCGUACAACCGGAGGGGGAACCUGGCCAUCCACCUCAUUAGUCCUGCCGGCACGCGUUCCACACUGCUACAUCCCAGGCCUCAUGACUACUCAUCAGAGGGUUUUAAAGACUGGGCUUUCAUGACCACCCACUCCUGGGAUGAGAACCCCUCCGGGUCGUGGACGCUCGAGAUUGAGAACGUAGCGGGGGCCAGUGACUAUGGCACUCUAACCCAGUUCAUCCUGGUGCUGUAUGGCACGGGCCCCCUUGAUGAUUCUCAGCCUGGAAAUGGCAACUGCAAGACGUUGGACCUCAAACAGACAUGCCUUGAGUGCGAUUCAGGCUUCUACCUCUACAUGCAAGGCUGUGUUACAGAAUGUCCAAGAGGCUUUGCUGUGGGUUCUAUACCAGUCAACUACACCGUGGGCAACAACAUUUCGCCGGCCUCCGUCCCGGCCUGCCUGCCGUGCCCGCAACCCUGCCUAACGUGCAGUGCACUCAGUCUCGACGCCUGCCUAUCCUGCACUCCUCACAGAUCGCUCAACACAAUCACUGGCACGUGCGAUCGCAUCGCCCAGUACUCUCGCGAGUCCCCCGGCAGCUUCAUGGUGGACCAGGGGAACACUGGGGUGCAGCCCCAGCCCACCACCCAGUUGCCCGUGACAGUGGCCAUUCUCAGCUGCAUGGCCAUCGUUGCAGUCUUCGCCGGUGUCUUCCUCCUGCUGCAGUUACGCUCAGGCGCCCUCAUCAAGUUCCAGUCCAUGGAAUCUGGCACCGGUGGCUUCAGCCUGGGCAGGAACAGGGUGGUGUCGUAUCACGGCAUUCCGACGGUGUGGGGGGACGACACCGUCAAUACAGAUUCCGAAAACGAAGAGUUUGACGUCCAAAAUGAGAGAACUGCCUUCAUUAAAACACAAAGUGCUCUUUAAUACAUUCCUUUUCCACCCUGCUUUUUAAAAAUCAUCCCCACCAACUGUUGGCUAAUCAGGGCUGUCUUUUUGGCUUUCACACUCUUCUCCGAUUUUAUCUCUCAUCACAUCCCGACCGACGUCCGCCUCCCAUUUAAGCGGCUUCCCAUCAUCCUCAACUUCCCCUUUAAGAGACCUGACAAGAAGCCGCUUCCCCCUUUGGGUGCGUCUUCCUCCACCUCCUUUUGCUGUGUGUCUUUGCAGCCCUCUUCUCAGCUCCUAUUGUUUCACUAAAAAGGCAAUUACUGGUUUGCUUCUCUUCCUCCUUCCUUUUUCUAUCAGUCUCUGUGCAGUAGCCGGAUGAGAUUGUUUCGAGGAACACAAGCGUGCCAACUUUUACAUCCUGCAAGGGAGUGUCAAAUCUGUUCCAAACUAGUGAGAAAGAAACAAUUUGGACUUGAUUAUCAAGCAUCAACAUCCCAAAUGCCUUUCUAGUUUCAUAUCUUAUAAUUAUUGUUUUUCCCUGUUACUUAUCAGCCAUUGUGACAGGGGCUGUCUCUACUGCAAUGCGAGCCACACGUGGUUUCCCCACAGCUGUCGGGAUCGAGUUGUGUGGGAAAUAUACAAGCCGCAAAUGUCUGUAACCCCUGCAGCGAUCACUCGUCAAGGUGUAAUAGUAAAAAUGUACUCGAUCAACCCCGCAGCACUGGAGCAGCUAUUACUUGUGAUUCAUCUGCUGAAGGAUCGGGCUCAUUACCGAUACAUCAAUACGUUCCGUUGGUCUGGGCAUAUUAACACUACAAAGACAAAUUUCACACGCCUCAAAUUAGUAGUGACACUAAUGUACGUUUCUGCGUCAUUUAUCGUGAAAGAAAUGUUUGUCUUCUGAGGCGACAUUUUUCUCAAUGUAGUUCUGACUGGUUUAUGUUUUAGUCCCACCUCGAACAUUUUAAAGUCUGUUCCGCACUGCAUUUGAAUUAAGCAUCUUGUGAUUGAAUAUUGUCACAAAUUUAAAUCCAUUGAUCUUUUUACUAGAUUGGCUGAAUUGAUUGCCCCAGCCCCACCAUCUGGCACUCAAACUCUUCUGUAAGAGGUUGUCAUGAUGGUGAUGAUGUGCAUACAAAACCGCAGCUGCUCACCCUUUAUAUAUCUACCUCUCAUCAUUCAGUGUGGUUUCACCCAUCAACAAAUUAAACUGGAUAUAUUCAUCAACUUUCACAGAAAAGGCAUUCAAACCUAGUUUUGGAAAUUGGACAGUCCAAAAGACUGACUUUUCGCUUCCGUUUGGCGUAUUUACGUUUCGAUCCAGAUUGCCAUCUAAAUGUUGUUUGCACUCGCAUGCUUCCUCGACGGUUCCUCUUUAGGUUAAGUCUUUUUGUUCUGACGCUGACAAUCAAUUUCCCUGUUUAGAGAGCAAGAGGCAGGCGCAGAAAAUAAAUCCAUUUAAACCUAACCACUUGUGUCGAGAAGCCCUCCCGGAAAGUCUCUCUGGCUAACAUGCAGGCGCGGAUGUGAUUACGGAGGUGUUUGUCCCUAAUGUGGCUGCACUGGACUGAUCGUGGAUCAACAUUAGUGCCUACUGACAUUUCGGCUUUAAGUAGGGUACUAAUUUAGAAAUGCCACGCGGCUUGGGAUAAAAGACUUCUGGCAUUGCAUGAAGCGUAUAAAAACAGAAUGAGAUAAUGCGGCACCAAAAUGGUUUCCAAGAACAACUUUUUAGAAUUAUAAUGGGGUGGUUGCUAGCAGCGUCCGAUUAAGUAAAGGGGGUUUAAAAGGAGCAAUAUGUUGGUAGAACCAAAGACAAUCAUUUUGUCUCAUCUUAAAGAUGUUUGGCUUAUCAAUUCUUAAUCACUCAUCAAGUCCUUAUCACUUUAGUGUGUGUGCGCAUGUGUGCAGUUGUUUCAUCUAUGUUGCGACAUUCUGUAUUGUUGAGCUGCUGUGAAGGAAGCCGCAAGAAUGUACCCCAUCAACUCAAAUUUAAGGGCUCUGAAAUCGAUUCUGUGUGUUGACGAGCUUGGUCAGUAUACAUAUGAUGCGUUCAGGGGUGUCUCAGUUGACCCCGUCGACUUUUUGCAGUACCUUAAACAUGUAACUAUGAAUACUGUACACGAAUGACUUGGCUUACUUGGGACACAACUCUAAAUAAGGCCUAUUUUUGUACUAUAAGAAUGGUGCAGUGUAGUUUUCUUGUAAUUUAAAGAUUGUUUGCUCUUGUUUUCUUUUUAUUUAAUUGAUGUCAAUUAUAGAUUCUACUAAAAUAAAGAUCUAUGCAAAUUUGAA